UUCCAAGAGCUAAUGCUUCAAGCAGUUGUAUAUUAUGCAUUAGAGCUUGUAAAUUAUUCUUACAUCAUAUUUUCCUUUAGUAUACCCUCACUCUCCACUCUCACUUUUUACCAUUAAAAACUGCUCAAAGUAUGGCAGCUUUUCAUAUAUUUGCAGACCAAGGACCCGAUCGGAGAAGCUCAAAUGUUGGACUACGAAUGGGGAAACCCAUCGACGAUCAUGCUCAACGGCACCGUCGCCGUCGAUGAGUCCACCUCUCAUCCCGACCAGAGCCGCCAUAUCUUCGAGCAGUACUCGCAAAGCUUCAAUGAAACCACCGCCUCAUCGUACCUCAACCCCAACGACUUCCUCCACCACUCCCAUAACCCCCACCACCACUACCUUAACAACCCCACCCAAACACAUCCUCAUUUCGCCUCCCUCUACGACCCACGCGCCUACGGCGGGAAUUGUGCCUACCCACCGUCGCCAACGCCGUUGCUCACUCUUGAACCGGAGGGUGGUUCCGGGAACGUUAACUCUCAUGGCCAUGGGCAAAACGGGUACAUGAUCAUGCCAAAGCCUGAGCCCUCAGGUUGUGCCAUUGACUUCACAAACAACCGGAUUGGGUUGAACUUGGGUGGUCGGACGUACUUCUCCUCGGCGGAGGAUGACUUCGUGAACCGACUCUACCGCCGGUCUAGGCCGUUAGAGGCGGCUCUUGUUAGCUCUCCGAGGUGUCAGGCUGAAGGGUGCAAUGCUGAUCUUACCCACGCUAAGCACUAUCACCGCCGGCAUAAAGUCUGUGAAUUUCACUCCAAAGCCUCCACCGUCAUCACCGCCGGGUUGACUCAGCGAUUCUGCCAACAGUGUAGCAGAUUCCAUCUCUUAUCGGAAUUCGAUAAUGGAAAAAGAAGCUGUCGAAAAAGAUUGGCAGAUCACAACCGUCGACGUAGAAAAUCAUCACAAAAUCCAGAUCAUAGCAAGGGGAGUGUCACAGUCUCGGGUGCUCAAAGUUCAUCCUCCGAAAUCAUAUCAAGGUAUCAGUCGGAUUCGAGAGGUUAAUUAAUCUUUGUUGGUGGCACGAUGGUUGUUGUUUCUUCAUGAAGGAAGUUUAUGGGAGAUGACUAGAUGGCUUAGCUAAGUUAUAAAUAACGUCGUUGUAAUUAAUUUUUUUUAGAGUGGUUUCACAACAAAUUAAUUUCCUCGGAUGUUAAUUCUCGAUUAAAUGUAUUGCUAGGCUUAAUUACUUUUAUAUAUAGAAAUUAAUUACUGAUUCUAGUUAUAUUUAGCUGGUUUCUAAAAUGUUAAGUAUUAUAUAAGAAAUGAAAGAAUGUUGCCUA